CUCAUGGAAGCGGCUCCCGACUCCGUACCACAACAAUCUCAACAUGACGGACCAUCAGCUUCCCAUGAAAUCGAUCCUAUCUGGACAACAAGCCGUACAGCACGUCAAAUACAUUCUCUAGGUGAAGUCGAAAAGCAGGAUAUCAGUCGUUUACUUUCCCUAGCCGCCUCCUCGAUCUCAUUACUCACUUUACCUCAAACUGACGGUCCCAAUGAUAAUCUUCCGCAAGGAGAAGAAAGAUCCGAACAGUUCGUAUUGGAAGUUAGUGAAUACUUUGAACGUCUGGAUUCAAUCCAGCUUGCGAUGCGUUCUUCACUAGCUCACAUCCGACACUCUCGUAUCGCACCUUCAGCCAUAAACGCGCCUCCACCUGGAUUUCUUCCACCAUCGCUAGGCGUGCAACUUCCUUCUGAAGAGGCAACAGAGGAUGCGCUGCAUAACAAUCGAGGUCUUCAGGAAGGAAGAGCUGAAAGGGACGCGUGGAAGGGUAUCUUGGAUGCCCUGACUCGGAUGAAAGAGGCCAUGGAUAACGAGACUCAGGCUCAGGAGGAAGGAUCCACGGAAACCCAGGGCCAUCCUCAGAACCACAGCCAAGCCAAAAACGAGGCAUCAACGGAUAUGCAACUCUGAACAAUUGAAAGGAAAAAAUUUAUAUUUUGCACGUUUUCAAGUAGUUAGAUCUGGCACACGAAUGGAAGCCAUGAGAUAUUGAUCAUGACAUUGUACCACUACGCACUACGCAGAUACCUUUGCUCCGUUCAAGACCCGCGUCUCUGUCGUCUCUAUCGGGCCGAUCAAACUUCCCCGCCUUUUGUAAGGUUUCGGGCAUGGCGGAUUACGUCUGCCGUAAUUUCCGUCCCGGAAUCCUGGCUAUUUAAUUCCCUACAGCUAGCUCCGUGAUACACGUGUUCAUUUACUCUUGAAUGUUAUUUUCCUGAAACGUC